UUGAAGUGCGUUUUUAGUCAUGUUUACAAAUAAUAAAAACGAUGAAAUUAUAUUAAAAAUAAUAAAUUUUUUAAAAGAGAAACCAUAUUUUUACGAUGAAAGCAAUCCCUUAUUUUAUGACGCUUUUAAAAAAAGUACAGAAAAAAAUCAUUUAGCAAGAUCUUUUGACCCUCCAUUAACUGUUGCAGUAAUCUCAGCAAAAAUUCGAUAUAUAAUAAGCAAAGUAAUAGAUAAUUAUGAAUUAAAUAAAAAUGACAAAAAGGCUAAAUGGAAAUACUUUAAAGAAACUAAAUUUAUGAUUCCAGCAUUAUUGUUUUCUCAAAAAUCAUGCAAAUUUUAUCAAAACAAUGAUUUAACUUUUCAAGAAUAUCAGUUUAAUAAUAAUAGUAGAUGGUCAAAAUUUGACAAUCAAGAAGGAGAGAAGUUUUUGUUGAAAAAAAUUUCGAAAAAAACAGAAAAUCCUGAAGAGUCAUAUUGCAAAAUAUGUAACUUUUUCUGUCCCACUCACUUAUUUCAUUCACAUUUUGAGCUACGAUAUCACCAACGAGGUGAAACAUAUUGGAAAAACCAAAAAAAUAUUGAUGUAAUUCAGUGUCCUUGCUGCGAUCUUCUAUAUAAAACCUGGCUUGAGUUUUUCAAACACAUCAAAAUACAUCAAUUACAAGAUGAAGAUAUAAAUUAUAAAGUUUUUAAAUUUAAUAAUAGAAAAUUAUGCAUAGAUUUGAAUUCUGAUUUACCAUCCAGAGACGAAUCUUCUGCUCAACUUUUUCAUAAAAUAAAACGUUUGUCGCAAAAAGGGAAAGCAUGUUGAAAUUUCUACAGAAAAACAAAAUAUUUUA